AUGCUGCCGCAUGCGAUUCUGACAGAUAUUGUCACCCGGAAAGAAAGAGAUGUGGAUAAUGGGCUGCGGGGGACUGAAGGCCAGAGGAAGAAGCUCACUGGCCAAGACCUUUCGGAACAUGUGCGAGCUGUUGUGAAGCAGUGCGUAUCGAAGACAUUGUCGAUCCCAGAGGAGGAAGUGGAUGAUAGAGUGGCAUUGACGGAGAUGGGGAUGGAUUCAGUCAUGGCGGCGAAUUUCCGGAUGAACUUGCAACACACCUUGCCAGUUUGCUGCUCGAAUGCAGAUAAGUAG